AUGAGAGGGUCUCUGCGCAUCGGGGCCGCCGCCCUCCUUACUAUCUCGCUUCUCUUUCUCCUGGGCCGCCUGGUCAACGUCGCUCCCCAGGUUCCACGCCCACAGGCCCGAUGGAUCUUCAAUGUCGGUAGCAGGCCAGAUCCCUCCGAACUCAACACCUGGAGAUCGCGAUGGUCGAAGAGCGAGUCUGGCGUCGCUCCCAAGACCUACGACACCACUCCCAUCACCGUCCCCAAUGAUCGCAUCAUCGUGAUGGCCAAGCUGGCCGUGGAGGACACGAAUUGGGUCGGCGCCGAGCUGGCAGAGUGGCGGAGCUUCAUCUACACAGUCGACGACCAAAACGCAGCGCGACACACCCCCAUGAACAAGGGCCGCGAAGCUCUCGCCUACCUCCAGUACAUCGUCGACCACUACGACGAUCUCCCAGCAACGGUUGUUUUCAUCCACAGUCACCGUGAUGGCUGGCCUGGCGCCUGGCACACCGACACAUUCGAUUACAGCAACGUGGAAUCGCUCCGGUCGCUGCAGAUCGACUUUGUGCAGCGGAACGGUUACGCCAACCUCCGUUGCCAGGAAAGCCCCGGCUGCCCCGACGAAAUCAGACCUUUCCGGAGCCCGCCCCGACCAGGGAAGAACGCCGAAAAGAUCUAUGCUGAUGCGUGGAAGGCGCUGUUCCUCGACGACGACGUCCCGGAAGUUGUGGCGGCCCCGUGCUGUUCGCAAUUCGCAGUCUCCCGAGAACAAAUCCUCCAACGCCCAUUGAGCGACUACCAGCGAUACUACAACUGGGUGCUCGGAAACGACCUUCCUGAUGACCUGACCUCUCGUGUAAUGGAGUAUACUUGGCAUAUUAUUUUUGGACAAGACGCUGUUUAUUGCCCCGACGUUUUCCAAUGUUACCAAGACGUCUACGGUACCGCUUCUCUCUGGUAA